AUCGCCCACGUGUGUUUUCUGGGGGUCUCAUGUGUCAAGUGUUCAUCAACGUAGCUUGCUUACGUGUACAAAGUUGGAAUAUGUGUGCGAAGAUAAAUUAUUUCCUGCACAACGUACACAGAUGUUACCGCUUAUUACAAUAAUUGUGAUCUGACAUUCUAUGAACGUACAAAACACGUGGAACACGUAUCUAUAUUUUGCUCUGUACAUUUUACGAAAGUAACAAAUAUGACUAAUAAAUUAAAGCUAAAGGAUGUGAAAGAUAAACUGAAAGAUGAUACUCUGGAUCUUAGUUUAUGCGAAUUGAAGGAAGUGCCUGUGCGAGAAAUCGCAUCUCUUAGGAAAGUUACAAAUCUGAAUUUAUCAACCAAUCUCCUGACUUCAUUACCUACUACUUUUAUCAAUUUGAAACAAAUUGUAAAAUUGGAUCUUAGCAGAAAUAUGUUGGAUGAACUUCCUGAAAAUUUUGGUGAAAUAACAAAGUUAAAACAUUUGGAUUUAUAUGCUAACAAGAUUAGUAGAUUACCUCUGAGCUUAAGUGAAUUGAAGAACUUAAGGUGGUUGGACUUGAAAGAAAAUCCUCUAACUCCAGCUGUAGCUAGUGUUGCGGGACCAUGUAGUAAUGUGCAGGAAUGCCAAGCGUGUGCUCGCAAUAUUGUUACUUAUCUGUCUAAUGUUAAACUUGACAUAGACAAAGAAAGAUUACGUAGGUUGAAUAAUGUCACAGAUGAAACAGAAAAAGAGGUAACAACUACAAAAAAGGAGAGUAAAAAGAAGAGAAAAAAGAAUGCAGAAAAAGGAGACAAGACAAAUGGAAAGAAAAUUGACUCUCAAACGGAGAAUAAAGAUCACGAUGAUGCAAGAUUAACAGAAUUACAGUCUGAUAAUAUGUGCACACGUAAAGCACACAAAUCUACAGGUGCUGGAUUUUACCGAUCUCUUACGUGUGCGAUCGUAUGGUUUUUCGUAAUUAGCUCGUUACUCACUGUAGCACUGGUAUUUCUUUCGUGGCAUUACGAACAACAAACGGAUACGUUUUUGCAAAAUGCACAAACGCUAUUGGGUUUGCCAUUGAAAAAUUACCACAAGCAUGCUAUAGAUUCGUUGCAACAUGUAAUAAAAAUCACAACUGUACAGUUUAAAUUGGUUGUUGACACUGUAAACGAUAUAUAUGAGACACAAUUCAAAAAUAACGAUCAGAAAGAAUUGUAAAAUUCUUUGCAUAAUUAUGGAAUUGAAGAAAUUGAAUUGUUGGAACUAUUCACAAUGCAAUGUAUUACAAUGCAUUGCAAUUCACAAUGCAUUUGAUGUAUAAAACUAUAAAGAUUUAUUUUUUAUCAAGAAAUAAAUGUGAAUACAUAUCUCUGA